AAAGCCUGGGAGAGGGAGGAAGCAGGGAGAGUACAUCAACACUAAUGUUUGAGUCCAUUGCCCCAGCACGGCAUUCAACGUGGUCUUCAGGGAGAGACGAGCAGGACAUGAAAGGGGCUGAUCAGGUUUCAAAUAAAGAUAAAGAGUCUAAUAGAAAGCCAGCUGUAUUUCUCUUUUUGGAUUUUUAAAUUUGUUUCAAGAGUCUUAAAGCUCUGAUGAGUGCUUAUGAGCAGGCCCAGACUUUUUUCAAGUGUGAGGAAGUGAGGAUUGGACCAGAGGCACUAUAGCUUUACCUGGAUUUGGAAUAUCAAGACACACUGGAUCACUGCCAUAUGUCAUGUCACAAAAAAAUGCUGUGAAGUUCAUUUGAGAAACCAGAGAGAAACAGAUCAGAGAAAGUUCCUGGGACCAAAGUCAGCAGACUUAACUAUCCGUUCACCAUGAGUGAUCUGUGCUCUGAGAGCUCCGAGGACGAGCAGGCUGAAGUUGAGGAGAGGCAGCAGGAACGCAAGGUGACCAGGCUGCCAGUCAUUCAGCUCAUGCCCAGGUCUAGGACGGGCUCCCCAGGAGGAUCUCCAAAGAGUUCGCCCAGGGAUUCCCCACGUGGGUCUCCCCGAAACUCCCCGCUGCUCUUCAGGAAGCUGAUGAUGAACCGCAGCAUCAACCUGCAGAGGCGCCGCUUCACCUUGGCCCACACACCCAGUUUUGAUGUAGAGAAUGGAUUGUCGGUGGGGCGCAGUCCCCUGGACCCCCAGGCCAGCCCUGGCUCUGGUGUGGUCAUACAGGCCAACUUUCCUCACAGCCAGCGGAGGGAAUCCUUCCUUUACCGCUCGGACUCUGACUUUGACCUGUCACCCAAAGGUCCUUCCAGAAACUCCUCCACUGCCAGUGACUUGGAAGAAAGCUUGAAGCACUGGGAAGUCAACUGGUUGUCAUCUCGACACACAGAAGACAUGAUAGUCACCCCGUUUGCACAGGUCCUUGCCAGCCUGAGGACUGUCCGAAAUAACUUUGCCGUCAUAACUGGCCAGCAAGAUCGCACAGCCAGCAAGACGCGAUCCUCAGGCAGCAACCCACCGUCCAUGUGCAAGACCAGCCUCGCAGAGGAGCCUCACCAGCAGCUGGCCAUAGAGACUCUGGAUGAGCUGGAUUGGUGUCUAGAACAACUGGAGACGCUGAAAACUCGACACUCUGUCAGCGAGAUGGCUUCCAACAAGUUCAAGAGGAUGCUGAACCGAGAGCUCACCCAGCUGUCAGAAACCAGCCGUUCAGGGAACCAGGUGUCUGAGUUCAUCUCUAGCACCUUCCUAGAGAAGCCACAUGACAUGGACAUCAUGUCUCCCAGCAAGGAGAAGGAAAAGAAGGACGGCAAGAAGAAGCGGCUCAUGUCCCAGAUCAGCGGUGUAAAGAAGGCCACCCACAGCCCCAGCCUCGCACCCUCCACCAUCCCUCGCUUUGGGGUCAACGCAAGCCAGGAAGGUCUCCUAGCCAAGGAGCUGGAGGAGGUUAACAGAUGGGGAAUUGACAUCUUUAAGGUCUCUGAGUAUUCUGGGAAUCGUCCGCUGACAGUCACCAUGUACACCAUCUUCCAGGAGCGUGAGCUGCUCAAGUCUUUCAAGAUUCCAGCAGACACUUUCAUUACCUUCAUGAUGACUUUGGAGGAUCAUUACCACGCUGAUGUGGCGUACCACAACAACAUCCAUGCUGCGGACGUGGUCCAGUCCACACAUGUCUUGCUGUCCACACCUGCGCUGGAGGCUGUGUUUACUGAUCUGGAGAUCCUCGCCGCUCUGUUUGCCAGCGCCAUCCAUGAUGUGGAUCACCCUGGAGUUUCCAAUCAGUUUCUCAUCAACACCAACUCAGAGCUAGCCCUGAUGUACAAUGACUCGUCAGUGCUGGAGAAUCACCACCUGGCUGUAGGCUUUAAGCUUCUGCAGGAGGACAACUGUGACAUCUUCCAGAACCUCAGCAAAAAACAGAGACAGUCGCUGCGCAAAAUGGUCAUCGAUAUGGUGCUAGCCACAGAUAUGUCCAAACACAUGAAUCUACUGGCAGACCUGAAAACCAUGGUGGAAACCAAGAAAGUCACCAGUUCAGGAGUCCUACUGCUGGACAACUAUUCAGACCGCAUACAGGUCCUUCAGAACAUGGUGCACUGUGCAGACCUGAGCAACCCCACCAAGCCUCUUGAGCUGUACCGGCAGUGGACAGACCGCAUCAUGGUGGAGUUUUUCACCCAGGGGGACAGAGAGAGGGACAAGGGGAUGGAGAUCAGCCCUAUGUGUGACAAACAGAAUGCCUCCAUAGAGAAGAACCAGGUGGGUUUCAUUGACUACAUUGUUCAUCCUCUUUGGGAGACAUGGGCCGAUCUCGUUCACCCAGACGCGCAGGAGAUCCUGGACACGCUGGAGGAUAACAGAGAGUGGUACCAGAGCAUGAUCCCCCACAGCCCUUCACCCCACCCAGAAGGCCCGGAAGAGGGAGCCCUCUCUGGGGAAGCCUCAGCACUCGGUGGGGGCUCCACCUCCGCCGAUAAGUUCCAGUUUGAGCUGACCUUGGAAGAAGAAGGAGAGUCUGACACAGAGAGUCCACCUGAGGAGGAGGAGGGCUACAGCAGUAACAGGGGGCUUGAACUCUCCAGAACUGAUUCUGCUACGACUCGCCGGCUCCCCAAAAUGUUCACUACUGAUGCAGGCAGGACGUUUUCUUUAGACUCAGAUAAAGAUAUGGCAGAAGACAGAGAAACAGACCAGGAAGGCGUCUCUGGGGUGCCACGCUUCAGACUCGGCACAUAGCACCAGUCAAAAGCUGUUUUUCUUUUGGCCUUUUUUUGUUUAUUUUUCUUGAUUUCGGUGCCUCAUCCUCUGUCACUCCCCUUCUCCCACCCCAACCAAACACCGCCGCCUCUGGUUUCCCCCCGGACAGGGUGACAGCAAGCCUCGGGGGUGGGGAGUACGGUCGUGCGGGUGGGUGUGGGGGGUGUUAAGAAAGUCUGCGGUUUUACACAGCAGUCGCUUGCACUGGAGAGAGACAGAUAGACUGAGUCACUGUUCCAGUAGAGGACAGGAAAUCAAGUUUCUGAGCGGUCCUUUGUGUUCUGUGUCUUUGAGUCAGACAUACUGUGGAUAACGUCCUACAGAGACAAUGAGAAGUUAAAAAAAAACUUUUUACCAGCCAACCCAAGGUCUACUACAACAAAUGACAGAACUGUCUUCCUCUUCUGGAGUAUUUGCAGAGAAAGCGAGGAAGUGAUGAAUGACACAACAAAGUCUUGUAAGACAUCUUGCCAAACUUGCAAUUUACAGGGACAAUGCUGUUUUGCUUGCCUUUUAAUUUUUUUUUCUCUCUUUUGUUGUUUAUUCAUUGUUUUUCAUUUAGGGCCAUACAUACUUCAAAGCAGUGUAAGCAAAGUAAAUGCAGAAAAGAGCAGAAAGGAGCUGUGCAUGAUUUAAUGCAGGAAACUUUAAAUGUAGCAGACAUUUUGAGUGACUCUAUCAUUAUUAUUGUAAACAGCAUGUAGCACUCCUUUCAGCUAGUGUUGCACAGUCCAUGUAAUUGUGUUCAACAGGCAAGUUACUUUAGAAGAAGGAUAUGAUUAUAAUGAACUGGCUGACAGUACAUAUUUUAAAGUUUUCAGUUGUUUCCAGCUUAUUGUUUCCAUUUUUGUAAUCCUAAACUAUUUUAUUGUCAGCAACAAAACUGAGCCAGGGUCAGUAGUGUUGGACAGUCAAAGAAUUGCAUCCAAAGUAAUGUGGGCUGUGCACAUGGUGCCUCCUGGUGUUGACAAGUGGAACUGAAGGUCUGGCAUCAAAGGCAAAUGAUUUGCAAGGUUUUGCAUAGGCCUACAUGGAAAAUACAUUCAAAACGUAUUUAACUGUAGGACUACCCAAAAUAUCAGUUACGUUUCAGUUUUGUUGCUCGUUUUAAAUAUUUUUCUUUCAUUUUUGUAAUUUGAAGUCACUAAUGUUUUUGGGGUUUUUUUUUUUUGCAUCCUUGAUAUUUUUGGCACCCAUUUUUUAUCAGUUUGCCUUCAAGUUUAGCACUUUAGAGUUUUGUUCAUAGCUAGCCCUCAUUGUGAUUUUGAAGGGCUUGAGCCAAAACAUUAGCACAAUGGAGGAUGUUGACUGAGAAACAGUUUGUUAUUGGCUGUCAUGCAACCAGCACGGACAUCAUGCAAACACUAAAUGCUAAAGUACAGCUAUCCAUUAAAGUCCAUUGUUGUUGCUAUAUAACGUGUCAAACACAACAUCCACCCGCAUAUAUUACUGGACUAAUAAGGGCGGCCUAUUAGACGUACACGAGUUGCAAAGAAGGAUGUCAGCAUCGUUGUAACUGUAAAAACCCAGAAGGUUACCAAGAGACAGUUUCCUAUGCCAGAAUUUUUUCAUCCUCUUUCCUCUCAUUGAUCAAUAUUUCGCUCUUCACAGGGACAUAGUCAAUGACAAAACAAGUGCCAAGCAAGCAUGACACAACCCGUACUGUAAUUUCCAUUUUGCCACUGGCUACUUUCCAUCAGUGACUGAUAAAGUUGGUUGAUUGUAGCACCCUGUGUGCCAAUCUGACCCUAGUGUCUCUGUUCCUUUUUUUUUUUUUUUUUUUAAAUCUAACUCCUGUUCAAACAGUAACUGAAACUGAUAUUGUCUUAAAACAGUGAUGUGUUUUUGUGUGUGAGUGAAUGACUGGGUUGACUUUUUUUUUUUUUUUUUUUUGGAUGUAUUUGCUAAGAAAAAACCAAAGCACUUUGUAUGGUACUUUUACAGUUCUGCACUUCCAGUACAGUUGAACAUGUAUAACAUGACUAUUUCACUGUUUUUCUGUUGGCAAAAGGCCUGGUGGAUGAGUUGAAUUGCACGGGCUGGACCACUACAGCUCUUAAAGGUUGGCUGUCAGAGGGACUGAAGUUUUUUUUUUGUUGUUGUUGUUGUUGUUCUUUUUAUAAUUGACUGUACGGAAAAAAAAAAAUGUUUUGUUGAAAUGCAUGACAUUGGCUGCCAGAUUCAAACAAUAUGAAGAGUAUACGGAAUACUUAUACAAAACUUAGCCUGUGGAGAAACUUGUUUUAUUUUAUUACCACGAUACAGUAAAUCAUGUUUUAAUGUGUGAACGAGAAGGUUUUUUGUUUUUGUUUUUUUUUUGGACGCCUUAUUUUCUUUGGUCAUAGAUGUGUUCACUGACAUGCUGGAGUAAAACAUGUGCAAUCCUUUCUGUAGCCAUAAACAGCACCAAACAGACCAACACUCAAGGAUGCCUUCAACUCUAAGGACUAUUUAACAACAGCUUAACCAGCACAACAUGCGAAGAUUCAGCCUGACUCUCUGCGUGUCACUAAUUGUUUUAUUUUGUACAUUUUCCUCACAGUGCUUCAUGUACAGUUUAUUUAUUAUUUCUAUAUUAUCUGUCAGAGACAAUGGAACAGUAGACUUUUUUUAGUCUGAGGUUUAGUACAUAUGUGUAGUUUGAUUUGUGCGAAUGUCAAACAGGACAGAUUUCAAUUAUUACUCAGCUUUUUUUUUGUUUUUUUUCCUUCUCAUUUCAUUUCUUUGUGUCUGCAAAUAACAUUAUGCAUAAGCAAAAAUACUCACUUUCAUGUUUUUCUUGGUAUAAAAAUAGUUGAGUGACAGAUUUCCAUCUGUGGUUUUCUGGAACAUUUCUCCUUUUUCUUGUCUUCCUCUGUUUCCUCUGAUCUGGUCAGAUCACGUAAUCAUGAAGGAUCUCACAGUACGUGUGCUGAUCUGAGACUUCUUUAAUUCAUAGUGAAGAUGAUUUAGUCGUACAGCCUCAACACUCAUCCUAGAUCAGUAUUUCUUUUCUUUGAGAUUUUAUGAACAUGGGUCAUGAACUAAGACUCUGCAGCUUUGACAAUCCAAACUCUGCUGUUUAACUGCGGCUGUGUUCGCCCUCUCCAACUAGAACUGUAUGCCUUGCCAAUAAAGGAAAAACUCUUCA